ACAACAUUCUAUCUAUCUUAUCUAUAACUUGUUAUAUAGCUCCUCCUACUAAAAUGAAGAGCAAGUUCAUCAAGUCCUUUGAAAAGAAAGUGACACUGAUGACAGGCAAAGUCGUAUCACCUUGUACGUUUUGCGAGACAUGUUGCAAAAGAAUUUACCAUGCAUUCAAGAAGGAAGCUGAGGUGAUACCAAAAGAUGUCCCUAAGGGACACUUGGUUGUCUAUGUAGGUGAGGAGUCCAGGAGGUUUGUGAUAAAGAUCAGCUUGCUUACACACCCACUCUUCAAGGCAUUGCUGGAUCAAGCACAGGAUGCUUACGGUUUCAGUGCUGACUCCAGACUAUGGAUUCCAUGCGAUGUGAGCACCUUCCUCCAUGUUGUCCGUUGUGCUGGUGCUCCACAGCAUCAGAACAACUGCAUGUGUAUCUAGGAAGGUUGUUGUACAGGGAAUUCGAGACAUUCAUUGAUUUAUCCGGGUCCACGUUCCCUAAGAG